GGAGGUCGGCUCCAUCACGCCGCUCUUUAAUCAGACCAUCGUGGAGGGACCACACCGAGUAGGUAACGUGUCCUCCUUCAGACUCCCUGUCGAAUGGCACCAACUGCCCACGAAUCUGAGUCACAUCUCUCCGUCUGGGAUGAGCUCCAUGUUAACCAGCAGAGUCCAUUCAACGGCACACGUUUCACCAACAACGAUGGAUGAAGCAGCUGCGGCAGCAGCAAAGAUCACCACGGCCCCGCCGCUCGCUACAGCCCGACAACCCGCAACCGUCAUUCCACAAAGUCAAACUACCAAACGACCAGAGACGACGACGACGGGUAAGACACAAAGAGCGACGACACAGGAAGUAACAACACAAGCAGAGAUGACGGCACAGACGACCGCUACUGAAAAACCAACAAGUUUACAACCAAUCACAUCAACGCAACCAGCAACCACCCUGCAAGUCACCACUGCGUCUGCGACAACAGCUGCAGCUCCAACGCCAGAAAGAACCCCAUCAACCCCA